GGAUUAUUCUAUGAAGAUGCAUCGAUUCAGGGUUGAGGAAGAGCGGUUAUCUUCCCGCGAUUUAUUGCACUGGUUCAGUAUAAAGUGUCUCCUCUCUGCUUUCCCCCUGGCCAACGUCAUGUGUCCUCCACUGCAGUGCCUAAAUAUGGGCUUCCUUCACUCCAUAUAUGGACAUCUACGUCACGGAGAAAGGGUAUAUAAAGGAGUGGGGAUUCUCUGAGCAUGAGAGUGCGCCCUCAGAGCUCAGAACAGCAAAACUUAGAGCAGAGAUAGACAGAUACACACGCACACAUACAGCGCUAUCUCCCUAACUAAGAACAUUUUCACUCAAAAAGUAAAAGUGAAUUCAAAGCAACAACAACAACACAUUAUCCAAAAGGGCAACACCCUUAUUGGAUUCAACUAGUGAAAAGAAAAAAAUAUAUUAAUGAUUAUUUAUCAUUAAUUUUAGGGAAUGAGUAAAAGGGACAUCUGAUCUGAACACUCUUCUCUGAAAGAAAAUAAAAAAGUGGAUUUUUACUCAUCUUGGACAAGAGGAGGAACAAGACAAGAAAAACUCUUGGAGAACCAGAGAAAAGAGGGAAAGAAGUCUGACCCUGCUCCCGAAAGUGGACUGGUGAUUUCCUCCACCUCAGAGAGGAACAUCACCACUCUGCCCAGCCUGCACCAAGCCUCGCUGCUCUCCUCUCUAGCGCAGCCUCAGCCCCUUACAGCACCACGUCCCUGGAGUAUGGCUGCAACCAAGACAGAGAUGCUCCAUCCAGCCCUGCAGAUCUCAGACCCCCUCAGCUUCCCCCAUUCUCCCAUGGAUAACUAUCCCAAGCUGGAGGAGAUGAUGAUGCUGAGCUCUGCUGGGACCCCCUACCUCUCUGCCUCGACGACUGAGGGAGCAGGUUUUGGAUCGGGGGAGCCAGGAGAGCAGUACGACCACAUUACUGGAGAUACGUUACCUGAUAUCUCCAUGAACUGUGAGAAGUCGAUGGGCGAGCAGAGCUACUCCAGCCAGCGGCUGCCUCCUAUCUCCUACACUGGCCGCUUCACCCUGGAGCCAGCCACCAACUGCAGCAAUAGCCUGUGGGCCGAGCCCCUAUUCAGUCUGGUCAGUGGGCUGGUGGGGAUCAACACCCCCUCCACCUCCGCCCCGUCCUCCUCCGCCUCUCAGACCGGCACCUCUUCCUCGUUGUCCUCCUCUAUCUCGUCCAUCGCCAUCUCCUCCCAGAGCUCCAGUCUGAGCUGCUCUGUCCACCACAGUGAGAAUAACCCCAUCUAUUCAGCUGCUCCUACCUACUCCAGCGCCAGCCCUGACAUCUUCUCCGACCAGGGCCAGGGCUUCGCCAGCCCAGCCGGAGGGUCGCUCCAGUACAACCCUCCAGCCUACCCCAACGGGAAGAUGUGUGGCACCAGCUUCCCUGUGCCCAUGAUCCCUGACUACCUCUUCCCCCAGCAGCAGGGGGAGAUUAGCCUGCUACCUGACCAGAAGCCCUUCCAGAACGGGUCAGGCCAGCCCUCCCUCACCCCCCUGUCCACCAUCAAAGCCUUCGCCACCCAGACGGGCUCCCAAGACCUGAAGAGUGUCUACCAGUCCCAGCUGAUCAAGCCCAGCCGCAUGCGCAAGUACCCCAAUCGUCCCAGCAAGACGCCGCCCCACGAGAGGCCGUAUGCCUGCCCCGUGGAGACGUGUGAUCGCCGUUUCUCCCGCUCAGACGAGUUGACACGCCACAUCCGCAUCCACACAGGCCAGAAGCCCUUCCAGUGCCGUAUCUGCAUGCGCAACUUCAGCCGCAGUGACCACCUGACCACGCACAUACGCACGCACACCGGUGAGAAGCCCUUCGCCUGCGAGAUCUGUGGACGCAAGUUUGCCCGCAGCGACGAGAGGAAGAGGCACACCAAGAUCCAUCUGAGGCAGAAGGACAAGAAGGCGGAGAAAGGUGGGAUGGCUGGGGCGGUAGCUGUAGCAGCAGCUUCAGUAUCAGCCCCCUCCCCUGUCUCUAGCUACCCUUCUCCCAUCACCUCCUACCCCUCCCCGGUCUCCUCCUACCCCUCCCCAGUCACAUCCUGCUACUCCUCUCCCAUCCACACCUCGUACCCCUCUCCCUCCAUCGCCACCACCUACCCCUCUGUCUCCAUGUCCAUGUCCAGCACCUUUCAGUCCUCCAUGGCCUCCUCCUUCCCAUCCUCCGUAGCCUCCAUCUACUCCUCUCCGGUUCCCACCCCGCUGUCAGACAUGCAGUCCACACUCUCCCCAAGGACAAUCGAGAUCUGCUAAGCAAGACAAAGAGAAAACACUUUUUAUUCUCUCCUCCUCCUCACCACUCCUUACAAUCUCUUUGAGGGGAGAAAUCAACAUCAAAAGACUUGUUAUUCACCUUCUGAAAAGCACUUUUCUGCCUGCUCCCUCCGCAAUCUCUGUUCAGUGAAUCCUCAGAUUCACCUGAAGAAGAGAUAAAAAUAAACACACGUCAAGGACUGGGCAAAGACAAUAUAGUAGACAAAAAGGGAUUUUUUUCUCUCUCUCUCUGUUGAUAAAGCAAAUUCUGUGCUUCAAACAAAGCACACAAGACUUUCUAGAGCCAGAGUUGAAGCCGGCAUCGUUCCUAUUAGUGAACGCACAGACGGAGACAGACAGACUGACAGACUGAACAUUGCCUGGUACUAAGGCAGGCUUUCCCUCCGAGGCUGUCAUUUACAUUACAAAAGACAUUGAAUGAUAUACAUAAGCUACAUAAUAUGUAUAUUGUACUCGUGCCAUGUUUUGCUCUUUUAUCCCCCAUUCUUUGGUACCAUUGAUGUGAAAAACCUAUUUGCAUUGUAUUAUUUGAAGUGAGCAGGGCCAUAUUUUCUAUUCUAGUACUUUCUCUAUGAUGUAGUGAUGACGAUGCUGUGAUGCGUUUAAAUUCCUUUGUUUUCUUCUUUUUUUUAAAAACUUUGUUUGAUGAUGAAAUAAGCACUUAAGUAUUCAAGCAUGUGUUAAGAGUGAUGUUAGUUUCUAUUGUUUUGUAAAUAUCCUCCACUGGUACUAUCUUUCUCUUUCUCACAUCAUCUGACAUAUCAGUCUGUUUAUGUGGACAAAAAAAAGAGAAGGAAAAAAAAAAUGGUUUAAAAAAACACCAACUAAACAGCCAACGUUCCCGUUUUCGGUGCCUUUUUGUGAAGCCUUGCUGAUGUUUUGACAUGGCUGUGUGCGAGAGAUGAUGCGUUGCGUCUCGCCUUAAGGGUUGAAGGGAUAUUUUUGUUACAGAAUGUACGUUAUACUCAGACAAAGAGGAAGGAAAGAAAGGGACGAGACGAUAUGAGGGCACUGCUUCAUUUCUUUAGAAUGUAAGCAAAAUGAUAAACUAUAUUUUUUUAACAGAAAAAAUAAUGUGUCAAUAUCCACAUCUUCUUGUUGGAACAUUGUACUUACCUACUGAGUAGGCAUGGGAUUCUUUUGUAUGUUAUAUACAUGCGGCUCAUUAUUUUGUGGUUUAUCUUUAUUUUGUAUUUGUGUUUGUAAAAUCAAGUGACUGUUUCUGGCUUCUCAACACAUUGAAUGCGCUUAACUGCCAAUGGGAUAUUUGGUGUAAAUUAUCCUCCCAGAAAUGAAAUAUAAAUAAAAUAUAAAUAUAUAUGUAUAGAA